UGGUCUGAAGAGGAAACCUAUACUGCCAAUAAGGAUUUAUCUACUAUCUUCAAUACUAGAUACAUUCCUGGCACUAGGGAGACGUGGAAUGUAAGGUGUGGCUUUGCUGGUGAGACAGGCCCAAGGUUCAUUAUUCCAAGUGAAGUUAGUUAUCCACAUGCCAAGAAGGUGGUAAAGAUAUCGGAGUGUUCUCGCUUAACUGAGAGUUAUCUGUAUGAAACUCUAGUUGACUUCAUUCAUAUGCUGUACUUCAGGCAUUUGCUGGUGAACCCUAAGGAUAGAAAAGUAGUCAUUAUAGAGUCGUUACUCUGUCCAUCAUCAUUUCGGAAUACUUUAGCAAAAGUAUUGUUUAAACAUUACGAGGUGGCGUCAGUGUUGUUUGCUCCGAAUCACUUGAUGGCACUCUUCACGCUAGGUGUACAGACAGCUCUGGUCGUUGAUGUAGGCUAUACUGAGACAUUUGCUUUACCAAUCUAUGAUGGAGUGCCAAUCUUAGGAGCAUGGCAGACUUUACCUGUAGCCGGUCAAGCAAUCCAUGGGUCAAUAGAGAAGAAACUCUUGGAAAACUGUAAAGUUACAACGGAGUUGGCUGAAAAUGUGCUUCUCUCAUCUCUACUUGAUAGCAUAAAGGAGGAUGUAUUAGAAGACAUAAAAGUUAGAAUGUGUUUCGUGACAAAGAUGGAACGAGCCGUGGAAUAUCAGAAUGCUAUACAGGAGGAUGGUAGUGUGGACUAUGCAAAGCUUCCACCAUUGCCACCUAUUGUCGAUUAUCCAGUAGAUGGAAAUAAAAUACUACAUAUAUGUGGUAGUAUCAGAGAAACAGCAGCAGAGGUUCUGUUUGACUACGAUUUGGAGCAACAAUCUCUUCCUUCUGUCAUCCUUGAUUGCAUCUUGAAGUGCCCGAUCGACAUGAGGAAGGUGUUAUCGGAAAACAUCGUCGUGACGGGGGGCACCGCGACGCUCCCCGGCUUCACGCACCGCCUCCAGGGGGAGCUGCUGCGCCUCGUGCAGACGCCCAAAUACGCACGCUCGCUCGCCGUCCGACGCUUCGCGUUCCACGCUGCGCCGGCGAAACCCAACUACACAUCGUGGCUGGGAGGUGCCAUAUUCGGCGCAUCGGAGGUGCUAGCCAGUCGCUCCGUGUCCAAAGAGUCUUAUCUGGAAAGCGGGGUGAUACCGGAUUGGUCCAGCAUUGCCGAGAGAGUAUCCACCAAGGAUGACGAUCGACCGACCAUACAGUGACAUUAAUACGAAAACUUGACUGCCUCUACCGCUUUGGCCCUGCGCAUGCUGUACUGCUGGUGCUUCAUUUGUCCAGCUGCAGUACCGCAUGUUGCUUAUGCAUACGCGAGAAUCGUGCAAAAAAAAUUGGCGACGAAGAUCUGUACCGGUCAGAGGCGAUCGGUCACAAUCCUACUGGAGAAAUGACCGUGGCGCACCGCCAAUGUCGGGUUGGAUGUAAUUUGAGAAGCUGGCCGUGUGGCUGUGAAUUACUCUAGUCGGGGAGUGUGUAGUGUUGCAUUGCUCCUCCGCGUAUUUCUGCCUCUACUGGUGGAGGCUGCCCUCGUAAGAGCUUCGGUGUGUAUUCGUGCUACUACUGGUGAGCCCUGUGUACGUAGGAGGUUCUCUAUAAAUAUUUCUGCUAUCUCUGGCGAACCGUGACGUCGUGCAUGAAUUAAGAAAUUGAUCUGGCAUUUAACAUCGCGUAGGUUGUGAAAUUUUCAUGUUAUCCGGUCCGAAUGAAGAAGUGGAAGCUGUAAACCUUCAAUGGCGUUGUUGGGGUAUGGAUGCCCGCCAUGCGUUUUUCAUGUGAAAGUUUUCGUUUUCAUUAUUUCUGCAUUUAAUAUGAGAAUGUAAUGUGUAGUCCUUGGCUAUAUAGCUGUUUGAAUUGCAAGAAAAAGCAUGAUAUUUAUCUAGCUACUGUAUAUAUUGGUAUUGUAAGAAAUAUAAGCUUAUUUUAUGCACCAGGGCCUCUGGGUUGUAAUACCUAA